AUGGCGGACCAGGCGCUGGUGUUCGCGGUGCGCCGGCGUGAACUGGAGCUCGUCGGCCCGGCAGCGCCCACGCCCCGGGAGAUUAAGCGCCUGUCCGACCUCGACGACCGGCACGUUCUGCGCAUGAACGUGUCUUUGGCCUUCUUUUACCGUGGCAGAGAGGAGGGCGUCGCACUGGGUGAUCCGGCCGGCGUCAUCCAACGCGCCCUCGGCGAGGCGCUCGUGCACUAUUACCCGCUGGCCGGGCGGCUGAGGGAGGUGGAGGGGAGGAAGCUGGACCGGCCCUGGCUGGUGGUCGACUGCACCGGCGAGGGGGUGUUGUUCGUGGAGGCCGAGGCCGACGUGCGGCUGGCGGAGCUUCAUGCGGCCGGGCUCAGGCCGCCGAUCCCGUGCAUGCAACAGCUGCUCUUGGAAGUGGAGGGAUCCAGCGGCAUGGUCGACACACCUUUGAUGCUCAUCCAGGUAACCCGGCUGCUCUGCGGUGGCUUUGUGUUCGCGCUCCGCCACAACCAUACCUUAUGCGACGCUACCGGCAUCGUCCAGUUCAUCAACGCCGUUGCCGAGCUCGCCGGCGGCCUUCCCGCGCCGACGGUCGCACCCGCGUGGGCCCGCGAGCUCCUCGAGAUGCCUAGCCCGCCUAUGCCGUCCUUCCCACGCAGCGAGUUUGACGUUCAGCAGUCGCCGCAGGUUACUCAAACAUUUCCGGCGCCGGGGCCGGUGGACGGCGACAUGGUCGUGCGGUCAUUCAUCUUCAGCCACUCAGAGGUUGCCGUGAUCAAGAAACGCCUCCCUCCUCUCCUCCGCGACACGGCCACGACCUUCGAGGCGCUCGCGGCAUUCCUCUGGCGUGCCCGCACCGCUGCGCUUGAGUUCCCGCCGGACGAGAGCGCGCCGCUUGCAAUCAUCGCCAACUUCAGAGCAGCCGCCGACCUGGGCCUGCCCUCGGGGUACUACGGCAACGCCAUCGUGGCUUCCAGGGCGAUUGCUGAUGCUGCAGAGCUGCGCCGCGGCUCCCUCGAAGACGCGGUAGCGCUGGUGCGGCAGGCUAAGGUUAUGGUGACCGCCGAGUACGUGCGCUCCACGGUCAACGAGCUGGUGCUGGGCGGCCGGGGCCAGCCGCCAUUGUUGCCAGCGAACAUGUACCUCCUCUCCGACCUUCGCCGUGUCGGGUUUCACCGCGUGGACUUCGGGUGGGGCAAGCCGGUCUUCGCCGGGCCGGUCUACCCUGUCUUCCGCCAGAGCUUUUUCACCGUCAUUAUGGAUCGAAAUGGGGAGGAAGCGGUUAUCGUGCCGGUGGCGUUGCCGCGACAAGCCAUGGAACGCUUCGCGGUGGAGAUGGAGAGGCUCGUAGUAUCUAAGCUCUAA